AUGGAGGAGAAUGUGUACCAGUCCUUGUCUCGUCCUCGGAUGGAGCUCAGCUACUCCAGCUCGUCUGAGGAAGAGGACGAGGCCAGCCUUCGUCACAAACACUACAGAGACUCUCGCGCACACUCACACACACACACGGAGUACGAACCUGACCGCAGGUUCACCUACAACAGCCACAAAGUGCGCAGGAAACCCCACGAUAUCACGGCCAAGGAAUCAGCUGCUUAUCCCGAUUUCCAAACCGAACUCCACUCAGCCAAUCAGGAGCUGGCAUACCCAGGUGGCGGCUCCCUGGGCGUGGUUUCAGAUCCUGAGUCAGUGGGAGGGGCUUCACCUGACCACGCCCUCCGCCUGUGGAUGCAGGAAGUGAAGUCGGAGCGAAGUUCUCGUGCCUCGAGCCGGGCGAACUCGCUCCUCUCUCUUACUGACACGGAGCAGGAGGGGCGGGGCGAGCAAGAGAAUGACAAUGAUCUGCCCUCCAGUCCUGUUGGUCGCUUCUCCUUCCGUCCUCUUCCUCCUCCUCCUCCGCCUCCUCAUGCGUGUGUGUGUUCGCCCACGUCCGGCGUUCCAGAACCGAUCCAGAGGAACACACUCCCGAGCAGGAACCACCAGACUGAGAACAAAACACAGCAGGACAAAGCACACAACACCUGGGCUCUCAACAGCAACAUCCCGCUGGAGACCAGGCACUUCCUGUUUAAGCACGGCUCAGGUUCAUCGACGCUCUUCAAUGCGACCAAUCAGAACUACCCUCUGACCUCCAGUACGGUGUAUUCCCCGCCCCCGAGGCCGUUACCCAGAAGCCCCAUCUCCAGGCCGCUGUUCUCCUUCAGUAAACCGUAUCGCUGCUGUAACUGGAAGUGUACCGCGCUGAGUGCUGCCGCCGUCACCGUCACACUCGCCCUGCUGCUCACAUACGUCAUUGUCGUACACUUGCUGGGUUUGCCCUGGACUCUGCGCAGGUUGGAGUUGUUUGAGAACGGUGUGAGUAAAGCAGAACCCACGCAGGAGGGAACUGACUUCACUGUCGACCUGCCAGGAUUCAACACCACCCAGAGAGAUAAGGAGGUGUGGACUCAUGGGCGGGGCUACGAUGUUGGUGAGAUUGAGCUCAAAGGUCGGCUCCUCCAGGUCAUUCCACCCAGCAGCUUCUGGAGAUUCAGCAUGGCUCUGCAGCAUCCAGAGUUCAUCCGAUUUAACGUCACGCACACACACAGUGCGCUGCUGGGCAUCUAUGGGCGGAGGAACGCACCACCCACACACACACAGUUUGAUUUCGUGAAACUGCUCGAUGGGAAGCAGCAGCAGGAUGGACGGAGUGUUGCCAUGGCAACUGUGUUUAUGGAGUAUCUGGACGCAGGGACAUGGCACAUUGGUGUUUACAACGAUGGCAGAAAACCAGAGCAGGUGAAGGUGCAGAGCACGGCUGUAGAAAUGAGUGACGGUUGUUCCACGAACUGUAACGGGAAUGGAGAGUGUGUUUCGGGUCACUGUCACUGUUUCACCGGUUUCCUUGGACCAGACUGUUCAAAAGACUCCUGCCCGGUGUUGUGUAGCGGUAACGGCGAGUAUGAUAAGGGUGUGUGUGUAUGUCACGCCGGCUGGAAGGGAGCAGAGUGUGAAGUGGAGGACGGACAAUGUAUUGAUCCCACCUGCUCCAACAACGGAGAGUGUAUCAACGGAGUGUGUGUGUGUGCACCAGCCUUUAAAGGCAACAACUGUGAGGAAGUGGACUGCAUCGACCCCACAUGUUCAGGUCGAGGUGUGUGUGUGCGUGGGGAGUGUGUGUGUUCUGCCGGAUGGGGUGGAGAGAUGUGUGAGAAUCCUCUCCCGGCCUGUAAGGAGCAGUGCUCUAGACACGGGACGUACCAUUCCGAAACAGGGGUGUGUGAGUGUGAGCAGGGCUGGACCGGAACCGACUGCUCUACAGAAGUGUGUCCAAUGCCAUGCAGCAUCCAUGGCAUGUGUGUUGGUGGGCGGUGCCAAUGUGAGGAUGGAUGGGUGGGGCCAUCCUGUGACAGACAAGCCUGUCAUCCGAUCUGUGAGGAACAUGGGGAGUGUAAGGACGGGCGGUGUGUGUGUCACGCUGGAUGGGAGGGAGAACACUGUACUAUCGCUCAUUAUCAGGAUUUGCUGGAUAAAGGUGUGUGUCCCGGGCUGUGUAACAGUAAUGGCCGGUGUGUCCUCGGCCAGUUUGGUUGGAGGUGUGUGUGCCAGCCCGGCUGGAGCGGAGACGGCUGUAACAUCGUCAUGGAGACGCAGUGCGGAGAUAGCAACGACAAUGAUGGAGACGGCCUAGCGGACUGUACAGACCCAGACUGCUGUGGUCAGCAGGUGUGCGUGAACUCUCCGCUCUGUCAGGGCUCCCCCGACCCCCGUGAUAUCAUCCAGCAGAACCCUGCCUCCUUUAGACCACGCCCACCAGCUUCAUUUUUUCAGCGAGUGCGAUUUCUUGCCGGGAACACUCACACACUGCCAGGAGAUGUGCAGUGGGAUGGCAGCCACGUGUGUGUGAUCAGAGGUCGUGUGUUUGCACCUGAUGGAACUCCGCUGGUUGGUGUGAACAUCACGUUUCAGCAGAAACCAGAAUACGGUUUCACACUCAGCCGGCAGGAUGGAAGUUUCGACCUGAUGGCUGUAGGGGGCGCAUCUGUGACCCUGCUUUUCCAGCGAGUGCCUUUCCUCCCUCAAGCUCAUUCUGUCUGGUUGCCAUGGAAUCGCUUUGUUGUCAUUGAGCGGGUGAUGAUGUCACGAGUUGAGGUUCCUCCCCCUGCGUGUGAACACAAGAACCUGGUUGGGCCGAAUCCUGUUGUUCUUCCCGCUCCUCUCACGCAGUUUGCUGGACAGUGUGAGGAAAGAGGACCUGUCAUACCUGAGCUACAGGUGGUCCAGGAGGAGAUCGAGAUGGCAGGAAGUUUUGUGAAGUUGAGUUACGUGUCGUCCCGCGCCCCGGGUUACCUGUCCCUCUUGCGUGUGCUCCUGACUCCGCCCAUCAUCCCGGUGGGGCUGCUGAAGGUCCAUGUCUCAGUGUGUGUGGAGGGGACGCUGGUCUCCAAAUCGUUUGCCGCGGAACCGAAUCUGAGCUACGUCUACAGCUGGAACAAGACAGAUGUGUACGGACAGCUGGUCAGCGGCCUCACACACGCACUCGUCUCUGUAGGGUACGAGUACGAGGUGUGUCCAGACUUCAUCCUGUGGGAGGAGAUUGUGGUGGAGCUGCAGGGCGCUGAACUGAUCUCAUCGCAGCUGGGCGGCUGGACACUCGACAAACAUCACACACUGCACGUGGAGAGCGGAAUACUCUACAAAGGGGACGGGGAAAACAUGUACAUUUCCCAUCAGCCCCCGCUCAUCUCCACGGUGAUGGGGACGGGGGCGGUCCGUCCACUCACAUGCCCGAGCUGUAACGGCCUGGCAGCCAAUCAGAAGCUGUUCUCUCCGGUGGCGUUAGCGUGCGGAUCGGACGGGAGCAUUUAUGUCGGGGAUUUCAAUUUCGUCCGUAGAAUCUUACCGAACGGAGUCAGCAUCAAUCUCUUGGAGCUCAGAAAUCGAGAGAUCAGACAGAGUGGAACUUCUGUCCAUCAGUACUACCUGGCGGUGGAUCCUGUAAGCGACUCUCUCUACGUCUCGGACUCAGUGGGUCUGAAGGUGCUGCGUCUCAUUUCCGUGAGUGAAGUGCGCGAUGUUGGGCGCAACGCAGAGGUGGUGGCAGGAACCGGAGAGAAGUGCACUCACUUCAGCCUGAAAGAGUGCGGAGACGGAGGCAAAGCCACAUACGCCUCGCUCACUGCUCCUAAAGGCAUCGCCGUGGAUAAACGCGGCUCCGUGUUCUUCGUGGACGGGAUGGCUGUGAGGAAGCUCGAGAACGGCAUCAUCACCACGGUGAUCGGGUUGAACUCUGUCAUGACCACUCAGCCAAUCAGCUGUGACACGUACAUGGACGUCAGUCAGGUACGUCUCGAGCAGCCGACAGACUUGGCGAUGAAUCCUCUAGACAACUCCCUCUAUGUUCUGGACAACAACGUGGUCCUGCAGGUCACAGAGGCGGGGCUUGUCAGGAUGGUUGCUGGGAGACCAGACCACUGCCCAACCAAAGCUGCCUCAGAUCCAGUCAGAUCUGCCUUACGUACUGUCCUUGACGUCGCUAAAGCCAUCACCGUGAGCCAUCAGGGGACGCUCUACAUCACCCAGACGGACGACAGGAAGGUCAAUCGUAUCCAGGAAGUGAGCACCAACGGCGAGAUCUCAGUCAUCAGCGGGACAGUUAGCGAGUGCGACUGUAAGAUCGAUCCUGACUGCGAGUGUUUCUCAGGUGAUGGCAGUUAUGCUCAUGACGCAAAGUUGAAGUCUCCCUCAUCUCUGGCCGUGUCUCCUAAUGGAACCCUGUUCGUGGCCGACACGGGUAACAUUCGCGUCCGCGCGAUUGCGCCAUCUCGUCCUCGCCUCUCGUCCUCCUCUGCCACUCAUCUGUUUGAGAUUCCCUCCAUUUCUCAGCAAGAGCUCUACGUUUUUGCGGCUAAUGGUUCGCACCUGCACACGCGCUCUCUUGUCACCGGACACUUCCUGUACAAUUUUAGUUACACAGGGGCGGGGCUUCUCAGCUCUGUUACGGCCGCCGCCCCCGAUGGCCGAGUAGUCACUGUAAGGCGAGACUCCAACGGUGUGCCGCUGUGGCUGGUCGUCCCCGGUGGGCGGGUCUACUGGCUGACCAUUAGUAGUGUGGGAACCCUGAGGAGAGUCUCCGCCCUAGCGCAUGAACUGGCUCUGCUCAGUUACCAUGGCAACACGGGACUGCUGGCAACCAAGAGUGAUGAAAACUCCUGGACCACCGUCUAUGAGUACGACAGCGACGGUCACCUGAUCAACGUGACCUUGCCGACAGGAGAGGUCAGCGGUUACCAUGGCACCAUGGACAGAUCAGUCAGAGUGGAGUGCACUUCAAACCGAGGGCACUUCAUGACCAUCACUAACCACUCCGAGGACAGCACGGUGUACACUCUGCGACAAGGUCACGCGACGAGCGUGUACCGUGUGAGCGGAGAUGGCUCUCUGUCCGCGACGUACUCCAGCGGAAUGGACGUCACUCUCAGCACGGAGCCCAAUAUGGGGGCGGGCCCAUCGUCUGGGCUGUUGCCAGGGGCGAUACACCCCACUGUAGGCAGGUGCAACAUCACGUUGCCCGGAGAACAGAGCUCGAGUUUGAUCGAGUGGCGGCAAAGACGUGAGCAAAGCCGAGGGAACUACAGCGCGUACGAACGCAGGCUGCGGGCUCACAACAGGAACGUGCUCUCGAUAGACUACAACCAGGCGACGCGUGUGGGGAAGAUUUACGACGAUCACCGCAAGUUCACGCUGCGUGUUCAGUACGAUGAGCACGGCCUCCCGGUGCUCUGGACUCCCAGCAAAUACAGCGAGGUGAAAGUGAGCUACACCACCACGGGCCUCGUCUCCGUCAUCCAGAGAGGGAACUGGAGCGAACGCAGGGACUACGACAACGGCAGACUGGUCAGCCGCACCUGGGCCAACGGCAACACCUGGAGCUACACCUUUAUGGACAAGUCCAUCCAGCUGUUGCUUCAGAGUCAGCGUCGCUACACGUUCGAGUUCGAUCAGAUGGACCACCUGCUCUCCGUCACUCUGCCCAGCAUGGUGAAACACAGCCUGCAGACCGCACUCUCUAUCGGCUACUACCGCAACACCUACACGCCCCCUGAUGGCUCCGUCCACGCCAUCGUUCAAGACCACGCCCAUGAUGGACGCCUCCUGCAGACGCUGUAUCUCGGUUCGGGUAGGCGUGUCGUGUACAGGUACGGCCGAGCGGCGCGGCUCAGCGAGGUCCUUUACGACUCGACAGUCGUUAGUUUCACCUACGACGAGGCCUCCGGGGCUCUAAAGACCAUCCACCUGAUGCAGGAAGGCUUCGUGUGUACAAUACGAUACAGACAGACGGGUCCAUUGGUGGGAAGACAGAUCUACCGCUUUAGUGAGGAGGGUCUGGUGAAUGCACGCUUCGACUACAGCUACAACAACUUCCGUGUCACAAGCAUGCAGGCGAUGAUCAACGAGACGCCGCUGCCCAUUGACCUGUACCGCUACGUGGACGUGUCAGGACGUAUUGAGCAGUUCGGAAAGUUCAGCGUGAUCAGCUACGACCUGAACCAAGUGAUUACCACGCACGCUAUGAAGCACACCAAGAUCUACAACGCUAACGGACAGCUCAUCGAGGUCCAGUACGAGAUCCUAAAGGCUAUAGCCUUCUGGAUGACGCUGCAGUACGACGGAGCAGGGCGCAUUAGUGCACGGGAUAUCCGUGUGGGUGUCGAUGCUAAUGUUACGCGCCACGCUUAUCGUUAUGACCCCGACAGCCAGCUAGCAUCGGUUUCUGUCGAUGACCGUCCCAUGUGGCGCUACGGCUACGACCUGAAUGGAAAUAUUAACCUGCUGAGUCACGGUGACGUUAACAUUAAUGGACGGCUAACCCCGAUACGCUACGAUCUCCGAGAUCGCAUCACGCGCCUUGGAGAUGUCCAGUACCGCGUCGACGAGGACGGAUUCCUGCGCUCACGUGGCUCUCUUGUGUUCCAUUACAGUGCUAACGGUCACUUGCAGGGGGCGACAGAUCGACAAACCGGCCGCCGCAUUUCGUAUCGAUACGAUGGACUCGGAAGACGUGUUUUUACCCAAACGAGUGACGGGACACGGGUUCAGUUUUUCUACGCCGACCUGACAGAACCAACGCGCGUCACACAUCUUUAUGAUCACAGCACUUCGGAGAUCACAUCGCUCUACUACGACCUCCAGGGUCACCUGAUUGCUAUGGAGAUUAGCAGCGGCGAGGAGUUUUACGUGGCGUGCGACGUGGCAGGAACGCCACUCGCCAUCUUCAGCAGCCGAGGCUCUGUGGUCAAAGAGGUCCACUACACGCCGUACGGAGAUGUCUACCGUGACUCGAACCCCACCUUCGCACUGCCAUUCGGGUUCCACGGAGGGCUCUACGACCCCCUGACCCGGCUCGUCCGCAUCGGGCGCCGUGACUAUGACACAGUCGCUGGGAGAUGGACGGCGCCCAAUCACGACCUGUGGGCGGAGAUGAGCGAGGACCCUAAACCGUUCAACCUGUACACGUUCAAGAAUAACAACCCGUUAGGCAAAGUGCAAGAUGCCACCAAGUUCACAACAGAUGUUAGCAGCUGGCUGCAGCUGUUUGGCUUCCAGCUCCAUAACGUUGUUCCUGGCUUUCCCACGCUGCCCGUGGAGAAAACGCAACACACAUAUGAGAUGAUGAACACACAGGCACGAACACACAGCUGGGAACCGAGCAAGGUCAUCCUGGGAGUUCAGUGCGAGCUUCAGAAGCGUCUUCAGAGCUUCAUCUCGUUGGACCGCCUCCCCAUGAGCUCGGCAAAUGGGAAGCCAGGAAGCAGGCACACGCUCCGUCCUCGCUUCUCUGCCCUCUCCUCAAUCUUUGGUAAAGGUGUGAAGUUCGCGAUCCAUGAAGGCAUUGUUGUAACCGAGAUAGUGGGCGUGGCUAGCGAGGACGGCCGUCGCGUGGCCUCACUCCUGAAAGGUGCUGUCUACUUGAGCGAUCUCCACUUCACCAUCGCCGGACGUGACACGCACUACUUCUGCAAGGCGAGCUCGCUCGAGGCGGACCUCGCCGUGGUUGGAGUCGGGGGCGGAGCAAGAGUUCUGGAGAAUGGCGUCAACGUGUCAGUUUCACAAAUGAGCGCGGUGAUGGGUGGAGAAACGCGGCGAUUCGCAGAAAUCGUUCUCCAGCAGGGGGCGCUGAGCCUGCACGUGCGUUACGGAGCAACACCGGACGAGGAACGCGUACGAGUGAUCGAGUCUGCGCGAGCGAGGGCUGUACGGGCGGUGUGGCUAAUGGAGCAGAAACGGGUGCGGGACGGAGAAGGCGGAGUCAAAGCGUGGACGGAGAAAGAGAAGGAGGAGCUUAUUUCAGAGGGUCAUGUCACAGGUUACGACGGAUUUUACAUCCUGCCUGUGGAACAGCAUCCUGAACUGGCUGAUAGUCCGUUUAACGUACAGCUAAUCAGACAGACUGACGCCGGACGUAGGUAACACACACACACACACACACACACCACACACACCAGUUCUCAGCUUACUCUCCAGGAUGUUGCCGAGACAAAAUCAAGAAAGACAUCUCUGACUCUGGAAUGUGAUAAAACGAUGUAUCGUUACGUUAUUUA